GGGUUCCUGGGACCAACCUCGUCUUGGUCGUUCUGUCGACGCGUCCUCUCCUUGAUCGCCAGCCGUCUCCCCGAACAUCAUGUACCCCCAGACCCCUGGACGCUCGCGCAGUUUGAUCUCAACUGGACUACUCUCGGCGCGGACGAGUCGCCCGCCAUCGAUGAUCUACCAGCACAAGACUACGCGACCUUCCUAGCUCACACUGUGAAGUACCACUUGGGCACUCUGUCUCCUAUUCUUGAUGAUGAGGUCUUCUUCGCCCGGAUAAAUGACCUGUACAACGAUCCAGCCGCCGAAGCUCAACGAUCAAGGCUUUGGUACGCGCAGUUUCUGCUCGUUUUGGCUUUCGGGGAGGCCAUUGUGAACUCGAAAGGGGCUUCAGCCACACCUGGAACCCAGUAUGCAUCGCGAGCCAUGUCGUUGAUCCCCAACUUCUUCCGUGUCAACAAGAACUCGAUACUGGCAGUUGAGACGCUAUGUCUGGCGGCGCUGUACCUCCAGUCACUAGACUUGAGGCUAGAGGCAUUUCAGACGAUUGGGCAAGCUCUUCGCAUCUGCACUCUAGAAGGGUUCCACAGACACGCCUCUCCGGCUGAGGUAGGGCCAACACAUUCCCGACGGUGCAACACCGUGUUCUGGGCUACCUACAUACUCGACCGCCAUUUUUCGACCCUGGUAGGAGCACCGAGCUCCAUCCGCGACGAGGAUAUCACAGCAAAGCUUCCAUCGGAGACUGUAGACUCAUCCUGGGCUCUCGCCAUGACUCUAAAUAUUCGCCUCUCACGCCUCACAGCCGAGAUUCUAGCAGUCAGCGAUACCCUUGUUAAGAAAACACAGUCAAUGCUGCAUAGCACGGCAAAUGUGUCGAGCGAACUCAACAGAUACCUGCAGACAAAUGUCCACGGUACCACCAUCAAGUCGUCAUCGAGAAUUGCGACGCGUCUACUUUUGUCUUAUCAUCAUGUAGGUCUGCCACUGUCUUCCGCCAACCCCGCCCUUCUAAGGCCUAACAGGAAUAGUGCAUCGUCAGCUGUACUAACAAUGUCAGAUUGCUUCAUCCCAUUCCAACUAGAGGAGGCCUUCUCAUCCGCUUUCAUCCUCCACGUCAUCGCUUCAGUCGUACCAGCCUGGCUGCAAGAUCGGCCCUGUCUGCCCGUGGCGUACCUCAUACUCAACAAGAUGAUAGCAGGGGGCAGUCAUGGUGCUCGGAUCCGCAAGAUGGAGUUGCAGCGCUUGGAGAAGAUAUUCUUCUCGUAUCUGCAGGUUAAGGCUGGCGAGGCAAACAAUCAAGCGCCGCAGUCUGAAGAGGCGCCGAGACUAUUUGAUAUGUCGAGAGUCGUGCAGCAGGAUGAUAACUCGGCCAUGAUGCAAGACUAUUCUCCUGCUGACGACAUGGCGGCGUGGAAUUUGUUGGACCUACAGGACUCUUUCACGGUGUCUCCGUCCGGGUUAUUGACCUUAGCUGAGGGAUUGGACUUGCAGAACUUUGUAUGA